GUUCUCUGUUCUUGCUCGCCAGUAGCCCACAUCAACUCGGAGGAGCGGGGCGUGGACUCAGACCGACUAUUCUCUGCUCUUAAAUUUGAGGCGACCGACUUUCGGGAAAAAAUAGAAACUGACAAGAAAUCGAUCGAUUCGUACCUGGAGCAAAAACACAACUUUGACUCUUAUACAAGGAGUCUUUCUUUAACAGCUUUUGCAGGCUACAUGUUCCUGAUCCCAAAAGAGAUUGAAAGAACAAACAGUCAAGAGAGGCAACCCGCAGCAUAACCAUGGAUGACAUCUUCACACAGUGUCGAGAAGGGAACUCUGUGGCUGUUCGCCUGUGGUUGGACAACACAGAGAAUGACCUCAACUUGGGUGAUGACCAUGGCUUCAGCCCCCUCCACUGGGCAUGCAGGGAAGGGAGGAGCGGAGUUGUCGACAUGCUCAUUAUGCGAGGUGCUCGUAUUAAUGUGAUGAACCGUGGAGAUGAUACCCCAUUACAUCUCGCCGCCAGUCAUGGACAUAGAGACAUUGUGGCAAAGCUGAUUCAGUGCAAAGCCGACCCCAAUACAGUCAACGAACAUGGAAACACACCACUCCACUACGCCUGCUUCUGGGGCCAAGAUGAAGUGGCAGAGGACUUGGUGACGAGUGGUGCCCAGGUGUGUGUAUGUAACAGGUAUGGACAGACACCUCUGGACAAGGGAAAGCCUCACCUAAGACAGCUACUUGAAGAAAAGGCAGAGAAAAUGGGCCAGAGUAUGACCAAAGUCCCAUAUAAGGAAACUUUCUGGAAGGGCACUAUGCGAACACGACCACGUAACGGUACCCUCAACAAGCAGGCUGGUAUUGACUAUAAGCAGCUUUCGCUCCUGGCAAAGAUCAAUGAAAACCAGUCUGGAGAGUUAUGGCAGGGUCGGUGGCAAGGGGAUGAGAUUGUAGUGAAAGUGCUUCAGGUGAGAGACUGGACCACCAGGAAGAGCAGAGACUUCAAUGAGGAGCAUCCGAAACUCAGGAUCUUUUCUCAUCCAAACAUUCUGCCUGUUCUUGGGGCCUGUCAGUCACCUCCAUCCCCUCACCCCAUCAUCAUUACCCACUACAUGCCAUAUGGAUCCCUCUUCAAUAUACUGCACCAGGGCACUACUCUGGUGGUCGACCAAAGCCAAGCAGUGAAGUUUGCAUUGGACAUUGCCAGUGGCAUGGCUUUCCUCCAUACCUUAGAACCAAUGGUUUCACGGCUUUACCUCAACAGUAAGCAAAUCAUGAUUGAUGAGGACAUGACAGCCAGAAUAAGCAUGGCAGAUGCUAAAUUCUCCUUCCAGUGUCCUGGUCGUAUGUACUCUCCAGCAUGGAUGGCCCCUGAAGCCCUGCAGAAGAGGCCUGAAGACAUCAACAGAAGAUCUGCUGACAUGUGGAGCUUUGCGGUGUUACUGUGGGAGCUGGUUACCAGAGAGGUCCCCUUUGCUGACCUCUCACACAUGGAGAUAGGCAUGAAGGUGGCUCUCGAAGGUCUUCGGCCAACUAUUCCACCGGGGAUUUCCCCUCAUAUCUGUAAGCUGAUGAGGCUCUGCAUGAACGAAGACCCAGCCAAGAGACCCAAGUUUGACAUGAUUGUCCCCAUCCUGGAGAAGAUGCAAGACAAGUGAAUGCCUUCGCAGCAAUCUGUACACUCCUGUUACUAUAUGUUUGUAUCAUCAAGCCACUCUUUAUCUUCACUUCAACCAUGUAUCUGCUAAGCCACUGUAAAUAAUGCCAGAGACCACUUUCACUACACAAUUCAAACACUAUUAUAUAUAUUAUAUUGCUUGUAUAAUUUAAAUUUGAGGUAUAAAUGUUCUUUAGCCCAUGUGCUCCUUUAUUAUGCCUGAAACAUGUUCACUGAAAUAUUGGCAAACUUUUGAAUCCAGUGUGGAUCAUAUUCAGUGAUAAGUCAGACAAAAACAGAUCCAAAGAAAUAUGUAAAGAAAGAAGAAGAAGAGAAUGCUUUUAUACACAUUAGCGAAUCCAAUGCAAUAAAUGUUUUAUAUUUAUGACA